ACCACUCUAGGGUAGACGCGCCGAGCUCCAGCCGAGCCGGGCGAAGGGAAAAGUUGGGAGUGAGCCUGCGGCGCGGAGCGGGUCUCGGUGUUAGCCGCCAGUGGUCGGCGGCUCGGGGAGCAGCGAGCACCGCCACCGCCUCCUCCUCCUCCUCCCGGAGCCAGGAUGCCUGGGAGCGACACGGCGCUCACAGUGGACCGGACUUACUCUGACCCGGGCCGGCACCAACGCUGCAGGAGCCGGGUGGAAAGGCAUGACAUGAAUACUCUGAGCCUUCCCCUCAACAUUCGCCGUGGGGGAUCCGACACCAAUCUCAACUUUGAUGUCCCUGAUGGCAUCUUGGACUUUCACAAGGUCAAGCUCACGGCGGACAGCUUGAGACAAAAGAUUCUCAAAGUGACUGAACAGAUCAGGAUCGAGCAGACGUCCCGCGAUGGGAAUGUGGCCGAGUACCUCAAGCUUGUGAACAGUGCGGACAAGCAGCAGGCUGGACGCAUCAAGCAGGUCUUUGAGAAAAAGAACCAGAAGUCGGCCCAUUCCAUCGCCCAGCUCCAGAAGAAACUGGAGCAGUACCACAGGAAGCUCCGGGAAAUCGAACAGAACGGCACCUCUCGCACCUCAAAGGACAAUGCCAGGGACAACCUGAAGGAUGGCCACGGUAAAUCUCGGCCGGCCGGCCAAGGGAUGGAGAGUGGGAAGUCGGGGGUGCCGGGGGUCUCCCUGACGCCGCCCGUGUUUGUUUUCAACAAGUCCAGGGAGUUUGCCAAUCUGAUCCGCAACAAAUUUGGCAGCGCAGAUAACAUCGCCCACAUGAAGAGCUCCUUGGAAGAGUUCAGGCCCGAGGCCAGCUCGAGAGCCUACGGGGGCAGUGCCACCAUUGUGACCAAGCCCAAAUACGGGAGUGACGAUGAGUGUUCCAGUGGCACGUCGGGCUCUGCGGACAGUAACGGCAACCAGUCCUUUGGGACCGGGGGCACGAAUACUCUAAGCAGCCAAGGGAAGCUGGCCAUGAUCUUGGAGGAGCUACGGGAGAUUAAGGAGACCCAGACGCAACUGGCAGAGGACAUUGAAUCUCUAAAGGGGCAGUUCAAAAGAGAAUACAGCUUCAUUUCUCAGACCUUGCAAGAGGAACGAUACAGGUAUGAGAGACUAGAAGAUCAGCUUCAUGACUUGACAGAUCUUCACCAGCAUGAGACCACCAACCUGAAGCAAGAACUUGCCAGCAUAGAAGAGAAGGUGGCUUACCAGGCUUAUGAAAGGUCUCAAGAUGUUCAGGAAGCCUUGGAAUCCUGCCAGACCCGCAUCUCCAAGCUCGAGCUUCAUCAGCAAGAGCAGCAAGCCCUGCAGACCGACACUGUGAACGCCAAAGUCCUCCUGGGCAAGUGUAUCAACGUGAUCCUGGCCUUCAUGACGGUCAUUCUCGUGUGCGUGUCCACCAUCGCCAAGUUUGUUGCCCCCAUGAUGAAGAGCCGUUUACAUAUCCUCGGCACUUUCUUUGCGGUCACGCUUCUUGCGAUAUUUUGUAAAAACUGGGAUCAUAUUCUGUGUGCUAUCGAGAGGGUAAUAAUACCGAGAUGAAUCUAUUCAUUCUGGCUUCCCUUUCUUUCAAGAUAGCAAACCUUUUCCACGUAUACUAACUACCAAAUUUUUCAAAGCAGUUGUCAUGCACAGUGAUGACAGAUUCAAGAGGACUCCAGCUGUAACCUGUAAAUAAUUACAAUUCUCUAACUUGAUAGCAGUUGCCUACUUAAUCACUGUCCAUGGUUAGCCCGUCUCUUGUCAAAUUCUCCCCUCACUACUUGCUGCCUUAAUUGGAACAGAUUUCCAUUCUGCAAAACCAGCACAGUGUAAAAGGGGGUAGGGGGGUGUCAGGUUGUUUUAUUUUAUGUUUUUUAAUUUAAUUUUUUGUUGUAUUUAAGUUUGGGGCUGGGUCAGAAAGACUUAGUGCACGGGAAAAGUGGAUUUCAAAACUCACCUUUUGAAAUUGGGUGUCUCAGAAAACCCUUUCCUCCAUUGCAGAGAAAACAAGAGAGUUUGACUUGAUGAAAGAUGAGCCACGGGGACUAGAAAAAUCAAAGGAUUCUUUUCUACAGAGGUAUCCAAUCCACUUAGCUGCCAAUUAGGGACCCCUGUGUCCGUAGUGAUUCACUAGAAUUGUCAUGGGGACAUUGAAAAGGCUCCCAACUUACAAGGAGCCUCGCUUCAGGGUUUUAAUGAGGAUCUAUUCUCCUUGAAAUUGCAAAAUGGUAGGAUUUAUCAGUGGAUUUAAUCAUUCCACUUGACUUUAUCUUAACAGACAAGUGACUGAUUUUUGCUCUAGAAUGUGCCAAAUAUUUCUAUAUGGCUCUUAAUUAGCAAUUGGUCUGGAAGUCAUUUGUAUUUUGUAUUGGGCCCUAUAAGGAGUAACCUGACCUGUUUCUAUAGGACAUUCAGCCUUUCAAGAAGAUGUGGUUCCCUUUCUGUCUUUCUCUGUGGAAAAUCUCAAAGCAUAUGCCAGACAUAGGAAGGACAUUAUGUUGCUAUAGGAAGCAAGACACACUUCAUUCGACAUGAUUUCUUGGUCAACUAGAAAGCAUGAUGUCACAUCUGACUGUAGGGUGGGUCAUUGAUUGGAGGGGGAUUGAAGUGGAUAAUGAAAUCACCCACAGUAUUGAUAAGGUCCUCUCAGGAGAUAGGAGAUUAGGGAACUAGAGAUGCCAUCUGUCUUCGGUAGUCUUAUGGAAAAUAGUGUUGAAGUUAAAGCAUUUUUUAAAAUUCCAACUUGUAUGAAAUUUUUUAGCCUCUGAGUAAGGAGGAACAAAUGCUUUCUUAAAUGUCUGAAAAUGGAAAGUCUAUAUAAGUAGAAAUUUUCCACUUGGCUCCAUGUUAUUCAAAACACACCUUCCUUCAGGUGUACAGAAAUGUGUAUUAAAUUUUAACAUGAAGAACUGUUGAAACAUCGAUGAAUUUUUGUUUGUUUGUUUUCAGGAAGCAUUGCUUUUAAUAACCUGGAUUCGAACAAAGUGCAAUAUUUUUUAAAUAGCUGCUCUUAGGGAAAUCUCUUAUUUAAUGUGAUUGUAUGAACUGUAGUUUCAUGGAAUAGGGGGUAAGCAUUUGGGGGAAAAAUAGGUAUGACUGCGAUUUUAUGUCAAGCUUAAAAAAAUAUACCCAACCUAAUCUCUCAUUUGGUGGAUUUGUUUGAAACAACAAAUGACUCACCAAACCAGGAUUAAGUGGGAGGGUCUUGGGUUCUUGGAGAGGAGUUUCCAAGGGGCAUUUCAGGUUCCUUUCCAUGUCUAUUUUUAAUGAUUAGUAUUCACCUGUAUCUGUGAACAGGGAUAAACAAAUUAUAUCAUUGAUUGAUAUCACAACCAGGAUCCUGAGUCUACUCUCAGAGAAAGGCCCUGAAAAAUAUUCAGGGCUUGAGCAGGGGAUAUCUUUGUUCUGUAAUACUUUGUGUUGCUUUUUCUUUUCAUUUGAAAAGAAUGAUUAAAAACCCAAUUUUUUUUCCCUUGGGGAUUAAUGUUUGCCCCCACUCCUUUCCCCUAUUUAUUGCUUAUUCUUGAAAUUGAGCUAUUUCUUUCACUUUUCACUGCUAAGACUCUUCGGAAGAGUGAAUCUUCUCACUCUGGUAUGAAUCAGUAUAUAUUUGGAAUGGAAUAAAUGAGGCUUCAUUGGGAUGUUAUUUGGUCACAUUGCAAUUUCUGGGACUAGGGAGGGAAGCCAAUUUGAGAGGUGUGACAUCCUGAAACAUCUGUGAUUGACAAUAUCCUGAAACUUAUGUAAUGGGUGAUAUCCUAAAAACAAUUCUUUAUUGAUGAAUGUUGAUUUAAAUUUAUUUGACCAGCUCCCAUAUAAUUGGCACUCUUUGUUUUAAUGAAUCUAAUUUAAUAGGGAAGAGUUUUUCUGAAAUCUCAUUAAAAGUUACGAACCAGCAGCCAAUGGUACAGUUUGCGGGGGCAAAGUGUACUUUUCAUCUGCUUCCUAUGAUUUGUUUUGUUAGGGGGAAAAAAACAACCGAAUAAGACUUUUCUCUUGGCACUCUAUUACAUCCCCAUUUAAUGGGAAGAAUGAUGGUGUACUGUAGAUUCAAAACGUUAAUGAUAAUAAUAGAUGAGCCCUUCAGAUUUAAAAUCUGUAUUUUUUUUUGUAAUAAAAACACAAAACACAAUCUUAUCAGGAAAAAUAUUAUGUUUUUUAAGUGACUACACAUUUUAAAUGUUGAGGAAUUUCCUCAAAUUUACACAUAAGCCAACUAACCUUUUAUCCCCUAUUGUCCCCUGCCAUCCCCAUGGGUAAGAAGAUAGGAUUUUUUAAGUUCUUAAGCAUAGGAGAGCCAGUUUUUUUUAUGUUACCUAACACAAGGAUCACUGAAAGAGCCCAUGGGAUGUUGAGCCCUGGACAGGAGGAAGCUUUUUAUAUUUGGUGGGCUUUUCUGAUUUUCUUGAUCAUUAAAUAUACUUCCCCACAGAUUGCCUUUAAAAGGUUCCUUAGUUCAAGUUGAGCCAGUAACCAAAGACUUGGAGGAGGUGACUUGCCAUCUUCAAGCACUGUUAACUUUAGAGAAUCUGUCUCAUGUUGUAUAUUGCCACCCUAAUGAAGUGUUAGAUUGAGCUCAGCUGAAAGAUCAAGACUUCUGUCCUUCUCAUUUUUUGGUCAUAAUUCCACUCCUUGGACUUUUCCUACCUUCCCUGAGAUUGAUAAUAGCCCCAUGCACACUGCUCCUCGUUAACUUGUCACGUGCAUCACCACAUGAGUGACAUUUUCACCCAGCUGCUCUUACAAUUCAUUCCUUUGGUCUCUGGUACCCAGGCUUCUAUUGAUGUGACCCAGUCUUGUCUCUAUAAGCUCAAUAGUAUUGAAUGGGACUGGCUUCCCUCUGGUCAUCAAUUACCUCUCUGUCCUUCGGGUUUGUUUCUGAAAUAAUUAAUUCCUAACAUCAGAUGGAAACAUUUUUAUAGUGAGUCAAAAAAAGAAACUCACUGUUCUCUUGCUUUGGAGACUUUUAGGAUGUAACACACAAUUGUGCAUAUGUGUAUUAUAUUAUAGGUAGUCAAUAAUGUAAGUGGAAAUGCUCUUCCUGGAACCUGCCUGGAAGAGGACUAUAGGGAACCAUGUACUACACCAGAUCAUAUCCUUCCCUACAUUCUCAGUUCUAACCCCAAGCUCCCUGAACCAGCCAGACCUCUACAACUAUUGCCUCCAAACCCAUUAUCCUCACUUUUCACCUCAGGCCAGGGAAGGGUUGGAGGGGAGAAUUACUGCCAGGGAUAAGGGACAGCAUCCUGAGACCACCUGCCUCUUUUACCCACUAAAGUGAUCCUUUAGUCUGAUUAUCCCCUUUCCUUCAAAUCCUCCUUUGAUACCCAGUGCUGCCAAUAACAUCUAAUCUGAUUUUAUUAGAUCUGGGAUUCCAGAGGCUCUCAUUGCACUGACCUGUGAUUUGUCUUUAGAAUCCAAGUGGGGAAAAUGAGAAGGUGGGAAGAGGUAAGAGUAGGGGUGGGAUGCAUUUAUGAGUGUGUUGUAAAAUUAACCCUUUAAUCCUUGACAAUGAAAGGGAAGCAGGCCAAGGUAAUAAAUUGUGGAUUGAGUUUAAAAGAGGGGGAAGACAAUUGGCAGUCAGCCAAAGACAAAGAUGAAUUCUCUGACCCCAUUCUCUAUCAUACCCCUUGGACUUUUAAGCCAUGGAAUCACCAACCAUGGUUUGGAAAGGGUUCUUUGACAUAGAUUUGUUAGGGAAAAGUAUGUGCCUGGCUUCCUGGAGUCUCUGAAUGCAUUUUCUCAGAAAAAUAUUAUUACCCAAGAUUGUUAGGUUCUAAUCUACAGUGCUAGACUUGAGAAUUUAAUAGGCCCAGCCUCGGAGCCCAGCCACACUGGAUAACUUUGUGCAAGGUUCUUCCAAUAAGUUGGAGACUGUAUCAUGUGUGUUUCUUUAGCUAACAUUAAAGCCCAAACAUGAUGAAUUUAAAAUGCAGUGUUUUUACUGGAGAGAUGGCUUCAAAUGGUGGCUUGGUUCCCACUCUGAGGGAUUAACAGCCUGCAGAUUUAAAUUAGAAAAAGAAGGGAACUGGGCUGCCUACAUCCUAAAACACUUAAAAACCUAAAGAAACAAACAUUGCAAUUAACAAAGAGACUGACUGGCAACCCCCUUUAAGAAUAAAAACAGCCAAUUUCCUCAAAUCAACCAAAUGCUAUCUGUUCUAAGAUGUUUGGAAAUACUGUAUGUACAUAGACCUGAUUUAUUUGUUACAAAUUUUAUUUAUUUAAAGCAUGUGCAGUUUGGUUUUCUUUUGUGUGUGUUUGAGAGAAAUGUUUCAACAAAAAGCACUGUUUCUGUCUCAGAAUGCUAGCAUAGGUUGUAGUCAUUGAGGGUAAAGGUAGCUCUUAACCUGGCUGUCAAGUCUGAUCCGUCCACCGCCAAAUUGCCAUUUUGUGUAGCACGCUGUAAAGUUUUAUGUCAACCAAUGUGAAAAAAUAAAUCUGUAAAGUCUUAGUAUAUUUUCACCUCAUGGUAUGUGGUCAUAACUGAACUCAAAAACAGGUGCCAUUUAUUUUUUUAAAUAAAUGUAAUUGAUGUCAGUUUGGAUGUUUAAUAAAGAGUUCAAUUUUUUUUUAAAAAAUAAAA